CUGGAUUAUGUAAAUGCAUUGUGGUUGAAGAUAAGAGUCUUAUUCAAGGUUGUUAUUUUCGUGCUGUUGAGCUACUAUUUGACACUGAGGACACUGUGCGAUGCUCUGCAAUUUGUGCGGUUAGUGAAUGUGGGCAUUCACUUGUGGCUGCCAACCAUGAGAAAAGUAGAAGUGACUGGUCAGACACAUUAUUUGUACAGCUUUGCUCAAUGGUCAGAGAUAUGAGUGUCAAGGUUAGAAUACAAGCAUUUAAUUCUCUUGGGAAUGUUGAAUUGGUCUCCAAAGAUCUUCUCUUACUGACCCUAUCAAAGAAAGCUUCACCAGCCAUGAAAGAAAAGAACUUUCCAGGACAGUUCACUACCAAAUCCUCUAAGCUACCAGCAUCAAGUGCUGCUUUUGCUUUUGUGAAUGGCUUGGAGGACGAAUUCUAUGAGGUACGAAGUUCAGCCUGUCGUGCCUUACAGAGAUUGACCAUUCUCUCUGCUGAUUUUGCGGGCGAAGCUAUAAACCUUUUGGUGGAUGUUCUUAAUGAUGAUUCACUGGAUGUAAGGUUGCAAGCUUUAGAGGCGAUGCAUAGCAUGGGAAUGUUUGAUUGUCUAAAGGUGCAAGAAGCACAUUUAAAGCUGUUUGUCAGUACUCUUGUGGAUAAUGACAAUUUGAUAAGGUCUGCAGCAAGGAGAGUAGUUAAGAUAACUAAACUCAGGACUUUGACUCUUUUCAAAAUGUGCAUUGACGGCCUUGUAAAAAAUUUAGAACUCUAUCCGCAGGAUGAAGCUGAUGUGUUUUCUGUAUUGUUUAGUCUUGGUAAAAAGCAUGGGAAGUUUGUUGUGAACGUGAUCCAUGGGGUUUCCAACUUGAUAGAGCCAUCUCUUGGUGGGAAGUGGAGCUUGGACAAUGCAAGAGCAUCUUCAUUUAUGGUGUUGGCAAUCUCAGCUCCGGUGUCACUAGAGCGGCGAACCUGCAGCAUUCAACCAGUAAUGUUCUCAUAUGCAGUCACCAUACUGGGGAGAAUAUCACAUGGUUUAACUGAUGUAAUGAAUCAGAAUAACCUUCUCACUUAUCUCUCUCUUUGCAGCAGAUUCACAUUUGCUUCUGCUGCAGAAUUCUUCAAAGCGGAAGAGUGUGGUCCCUCACACUCUAAGGAAGGUGAUGCGUACUUGUUGAUUCAAAAUGAAACUGAUGGAGGUUGCUCUGAGAAAAUAAAUGAGGUAAAGAGGGGAGAUUGCACAACAGCUAUUCUACAGAAGGUCACAGACAUCUGGCCAUUGCUAGAACUUGGAUUGGUGGAUAAAGUAUCUCAAACUGUGGGAUGCUUGAAGGCAGAGGUGACAAGACUGGAAAGUGUCUACCAAUGCAGGGGUGAAUUGGUUUUCAUAUCAUACUAUUUGGAUGCCAUAGAACUGAUUGGAAGGGUGUGGGGCCGCCUCAUGUUACCCAGAAGGUUCUGCACCCACCAAAUAGGAGAUUGGCGAUUGUUGUUUGACAAACUUGACACGAUUCUAAAAGAGAUGAGGUAUAGGUUCAUAGGUUUGACCAAAGAGGACGAGUAUCAUAUCAUGGAACUCAAGCUUGUGACGGAAACAGCAAAACUGUGUACAUCAGAAGCAUUCUGCCAUAAUAACAACAGUGCUUUAGUAAAAUUACGUUCCAGGGCACAACUGAUGCAUGAAUAUGGACCUGAUGCACUUUCCGGGUUUGUCAGAGAGCUUUAUACAGGUUUGAAUGAAUGCAUUCCAAUGGAGAAUCCAUUAUUUCUCUUGACGUCUCUCAAGAAAUUCAAACCGAGACAGUUAGUUCUACCACAAAGAAAGUUCAAAUGUAAAAUGGCUGAAAUGGAUGUUGAAGGUACUGACUUUCAGUAUCCUCUGCCGUUCGUUCCGGGGUUACCUGUUGGUGUUUCCUUUGCAAUGAAGAUUUACAAUGUGUCGUUUGAGAAUAGGCUUUGGGUGAAAAUGUGCGUAGAAGAGAAGUUAACCCAGUAUGCCUAUCUUGAUUUGCUUGAGCUUGGUAGUGGAGAUGAUGAGGUCAGAAAAUUUAAGAUUGUAUUGCCGUUUCACAGAACCCCUAAAGCCAGAUGUUUCUCAAUGAGGGUUUGUGUUGUUAUAGAAUGUUUAUUGCCAGACUAUGCACCCCAAACCCCCCUGCCUGUGAUUUAUGGUGGUCCAAAACAUGAUGUUGCUAAUAUAUGCGAAGAGAAAGAAGUGUAUUUCUCCAUGGUUGUAAAAUAGAUGAUGCAGUUUAUGUAUCUGUUGUAACUUGUAUAUGUCAUUCUAGUUAGAUACCACCCUAUUUCAGACACAAGUAAUUUAGAGAAGUAUGUUCAUCUUGCCAAUGAAUUGCGCCCAUAAGCGUUGCACACUUGCACAUGCUAACCC